AUGUUAUACAAGUAAAUGGCGCAUGCUUAUAACAAUUUGUAAGAUUGUGAAAUUAAAGUUAACUACGUAUUAUUGAUACUAUUGGACUACCACAAAUGCAUUAAAUGAGUUUAGCGCAUUUAUCUUAUUUGAAAUUUGUUGUCUCAAAAAUAUAUUGGACUGCAGUUUAAGUGAAAUCUCUUCGGUCCUAUUUGCACGAGAUCGAAUAAAUUCGGCUUGAGUGGGAUACAGCCAGAUAGUCCAAGAGUGAGGGACGCAUAUACUUCUGUCGAGGAUUCUCCUUUUAAGCCUUUUUAUGGGCCGCUCGCUAAGUGAUGAAGGCACUCCUAAGUUACAGCUGAAAUAUUAAAUACUUUUUGCGGCGCUUCUUAAUUAAUGGAGCCGUAGCAUUAGCCUCAGCUCUCGAGGCCACACCGGGCGUGUAAACUCGACCACAAAAGACAGACUCAUCCCCUCCAUGGAGGCCAUUCCCAGCUGCCUACGAACAUAUCUAAUCGGCAAUCGCUUCACAAAGAAAACCUUCCCCGGUCUGGUGCCCCACGUACAGUACCACCUCUGCAGAUCCAGCACAAAGAUGCUGUUGAAGAUCGAGAACCAACUGUUGCAGCGUCACCGACAGCGGGAAACCACUGGCAUCAAGAAGCUAUACAAUUCGUUCUUCGUUCUAUUUUAA